AUGGUGAACGUAUACGCCUACGACAAACCCCAAGAGAUUGCUGCUGGCUUGGGCAAGUACAUCUUGAAGCAGCAGAAGUACCUGAUCCAGGAGAGCGAGCAAUUCACCGUGGCGGUGCUGGGGGGCUCGUUGCCCAAGAUGUUGAAGCGGGCGCUUGUCGACAACAAGGAGGUCGCCGACGACAUUGAGUGGGCUCAAUGGGUCAUCUACUUUGUCGACGAGCGGCUCGUGCCCUUGGACCACGCCGACUCCAACUACCUGGAGCUCAACAAGGAGCUUUUGCGCCACCUCAAAAACCCGCCCAAGGUCGUCCCCAUUGCGGCGCUGAAAGUCACUGGCAAGGACGGCCAAGUCGAUGGCGCCGACCUUGAGAAGGAUAAGGAGAUCGCCAAGGACUACGCCGCGGUGUUGCCCGACGAGAUCAACCUUGGUUUGCUCGGGGUGGGUCCCGAUGGCCACACCUGCUCGCUCUUCCCCGACGCCGACACGUUGAAGGUGAAGGACGAGGACGUCGUUGCCAUCCACGACUCGCCCAAGCCCCCUCCUCGCCGGGUCACCUUCACCUUGCCGAGAUUGCGCAAGGUGGAGCUGCUUGCCUUUGUCGCUGAAGGUGAAGGUAAGAAGGAAGCGUUGGCCGAGAUCUUCAACAACCCCCGCUCCGGGUUGCCUGCCCAAGUGGUCAACAACAACCACGAGGACGUGUCGUGGUUUGUCGACAACAAGGCGUUGCAAGACACCAACAUCCACACCUCGAAAUACUAA